AUGUUUCGCAACAUGGGCAAUAAACCCUCGAAACAACCAGGUCCGCAUGCUACUAGCGAUACUGGCAAAGCCAGUGACACCCAGGGCGUCAGGAAGCGCGACGUAAUCCGCGAUACCUUCGGCUUCUCCAAAUCCAAGACAAAAGAUGUCAAUGCCACGGUCGCCAGCCAUGCAGUGAGUGCACAACACCCUCCUCAACUUGUAGGACCGCCUACUGCAUCCUCAGCCAGUGACACCCACUCAGUUGCCGACCAAGCUGUCAUAUCCACCCCUCCUGUUGACAAGUCCUUGCCUGUAUCUGUUGAAACCAAGAGAACCUCGAACAUCUUUCUCGAGAACUUACCCGCGCCUAUGAUGAAGACUGAGUUGCCUGCCGUCCAGUAUCGCAUUGAAGUCACCCAGCAGUUGGCCUAUUGCUGUGCCUUGAUUCGCCAUGGUUCAUCUCCUCCCCAGGCCACCGCUGCUGAACUUGAAGAGCAGGCCCGCGAUCCCGCCAUAAUACUGCAGAAGACCCCAAACCUCGACAAGAAGGAACUUGAUUGGCUUGCAGAGAUGGACAAGAACUUGCCUGCAAAGGAACGUAUCUCCUGGCUGGGAACACGCAUGGUCGACGAGUUUGCCAAAGAUGUCCUCAAAGACUCGACCGAGAUUGCCGAGAUUGUCCUUCUUGGCCCUGUCUUGGACAAGGAGACUUACCGCAGCCUGCUGUCAUGCACCAUCACUGCAUUCGAGCAGUCUGUUCUUCUGAAUGUUGAUCUCCUGCAAGGCCUUGUUCAGCUCGUCCAAGUGGCCCCUCCUGACUCUCUGGUCUCUGACGACUUGGUCAAGAUCCUCCGUGUCCUUAGGAUUUGCUUACAGGACACCCACCAACAGUCCUCGGCCCACCCUUUUCAUCUCACACUGGCACUGUCGCGGCUUCUUGACGUGAUGGCAGAGCACAAGGUCAAGGAUUUGAACCGCGUCGAGGAUCAUGAGCCUUUGUCGGGAAUCUUGUCAGGACUGAAGGGUAGCUCGGAUCCGUACUUGAUGUACCAGGCAUGCUAUGCGUUCCAGGCGCUGCAAUAUGUCCCUGAUGAUGAGAGCGCUCUUCAAUCAGUUCUUCGACACGGGACUGGGGUUGUCAAUGGCCUCAUCCAGGUUUCUGGUGUAUUUAAGCUGGAUCUAGAAGCAGUUCUUGAGGGUCUAAGCAACCUUCAAGAAGCACUCGGUGGCAUCAUAGGAGUUGACAAUGAUGUUUACAAGGGUGUGAACUCUGUGAUGGAGAGCGGCCGCGGAGUUCUGGAUGGUCUCAAGGAAGGAUUAUCUGAAGGAAAGAAGCGUCCAUGGUACGCAGCCAUCCGUGUUGCUCAGGCUCUUCUCCAAGCUGGCCAACUGAAGGAUCUCAACCAACUCAUAUACGAGGCACCUUGUCGUGGUGAUCCCUUGUUCCAAUGGGGUAUCUGCCAGCUUCUGGGAGAGAUCGCAUCCGAUGUUAUCUGGGAUACCAAUGUCCGCCAGCAAGCCGACGACCUUCUUGGAGACCUGUACAGGAACGAUUCACAGUGGGGGAAGGAUGAAAGCGUCAAGACCUGGAUGCUUAGCAUUAUUGGCCAACUCAGUACCGUUUCUGACCAAGCCGUCAAGACCAUUGCCAUUGUCUUACUCAAAGACAUCCACCAGGAUCAAAGCACCACCACCCGACUUCCUUACCCACUGAGGAAUCGUCUUCCUCCGCCUACAUUGUCUCCGAUCCUGGCCCGCGUUCAAAACAUUACUCCCCUCGAAAAUGGUUUGUGUCAAUAUCAAAUCCAGCGAAAACAGCAGCACCGCCAAACGGUCUAUAUCCCACCGUUGGCGAAACCUAGUCUGAAGGCCAAGGAUGAGGAUGUCUUCCCUCUGCUGGAGAAAGUCCUAGAGUUCCUGGCAAGUGAGCGACAAGUGAUGUUGGUACUGGGGGACUCUGGGUCUGGCAAGUCGACAUUCAACCGCCAUCUCGAACAUCGACUCUGGACCGAUUACAAGCAGGGUGGACCUAUCCCCUUGUUCAUCAACCUUCCCGCCAUCGACCACCCAGACCAGGAUUUGAUCGCCAAGCAUCUGAAGGCCAACAACUUCAGCGACGAUCAGAUCCAGGAGAUGAAACAGCACCGCGAACUCGUACUCAUCUGCGAUGGGUACGACGAGAGUCAGCAACAGGGCAACCUUCAUCAAAGCAACGCGCUGAACCAGCCAGGACAGUGGAACACCAAGAUGGUCAUCAGUUGCCGCACCCAGUUCCUCGGAUCCGACUACCUCAUUCGGUUCAAGCCGCAGCCUACAGACCGUUACGCUUCUGGUUCUCAGGAUGUCUUCCAAGAAGCUGUCAUCACCCCCUUCUCCAAGGAUCAGGUCGAGAGCUAUGUCGAGCUGUAUGCUCAAGAUUCACAGACGGUGCUUUUAUUCAGAAACCGGUCUGCUUGGUCCCCGGAGGAGUACAUGGACAAGUUGGCGACAAUCCCCAAUAUCAUGGAUCUCGUCAAUAACCCAUUCCUGCUCACCCUCGCUCUCAAAGCUCUACCUGUCCUGGUCGCCUUGCACAAGGAUCUUGCGAGCAUUCGCAUCAGCCGCGUUCGCCUUUACGAUAUAUUUGUCGACCAGUGGUUGGAGACGAACCGACUACGCAUCCAACCCAACAAGCUGAGCCAGAAGGAAUUGGAGGCAUACAAACCUAUGGAGAACGAUUUUAUCGGGUACGGCGUUGACUACCUGCUACGUUUGGCUGCGGCGAUCUUCAAGAAGCAGGGCGGUAACCCGGUCGUUCAGUAUGUCCAUCGACAGGACAAGGACUCUUGGAAGGCGGAGUUCUUUGGGACUGAUCCCGAGGCCACGUUGCUCCGUGAGGCUUCCCCUUUGACGCGCACCGACAACCAGUUCCGGUUCGUACAUCGAUCAGUGCUGGAAUAUCUCCUCUCUCGUGUGAUCUACAACCCGGUCGAUACUGUGGAGGAAGGCAUGGAUCCAGAAUCUGAGAUCGCACCCCCCACCGCUCUUUCGUCGAACGGCAACAACCCCUUGUUCCAGAAGAACCUACUUGGUGAGCCAUCCAUCAUCCAGUUCCUGUGCGAUCGGGUCAAGUCAACCCCAGAUUUCGAGCAACAACUCCGGGCUGUGAUCGACCUGUCCAAGUCCGAUGAGACUGCAACCAUCGCCGCCAUCAACGCCAUUACGAUCCUCGUCCGAGCUGAUGUGGCCUUCCACGGUGCCGAUCUCCGCGGCGUCAAGAUCCCUGGUGCCGACCUUUCGGGUGGUCAGUUUGACUAUGCGCAGUUCCAAGGAGCAGACUUGACGGAUGUCAAUCUUUCGAGGAGCUGGUUGCGAGGGGCGGAUUUGAGUGGCGCACAGAUGGAUGGUGUCCAGUUUGGGGAACUCCCGUACCUGGAGUUGGAGAAGGAUGUGAUUGCCUGUGCCUACUCGUCUGAUGGAAGAAUGCUUGCCGUGGGUGCAAAGAGUUGGGGAGUGCGCCCUAGAGUUAGCAUUUACGACACCUCAGCAUGGACGAGAACCUAUUCCUUUACAGGACCGGGUAAGAUGGUAACUAUGGCAUUUUCACCCGAUGGCACAAGGGUCGUGUUUGGAGGGUUUGGUGGGACGGUUAGGCUGUGGGAUUGUGCCAGCGGCGAAGAGAUGUUCGUCAUGGAAGGGCACCAGGAUUAUGUGAACUCCGUUGCCUUUUCUCCCUGUGGCAAGCAAAUCGCCUCAUCCAGUGGUGACAAGACAGUACGAGUGUGGGAUUCUCGGACCGGGGAGAGUGUCUUUGUCUUGGAGGGUCACACGGACUAUGUCAGAAGCGUCAAGUAUUCUCCGAGCGGAGAGUGGCUGGUGUCGGGCGGUUCUGAUGAUACGAUUCGGUUUUGGAACUCGGAGACAGGAGAGCCAGGGGUCGUUUUGAACUGUUCCCUAGGCGCGACUGACAGCCUGGCCUUUUCUACUGAUGGACGGUGGAUUGCUUCUGGCCAUUGGAAGGGUGAAUUGCAACUUUGGCACGCGGUGUCUGGAGAGCCAGGUCCUGUCCUGCGUGGUCAUACCACAAGCGUCACGGGAAUUGCAUUUUCUCCAGAUAGCCGGUGGAUCGCGUCUUCUAGUUGGGACGAAACAGUGAGACUAUGGGAAGCGUCGACAGGCACUCCCAUUAACACGCUGUCAAGCCAUAAGUCCUUUGUGAACGAUGUUGUCUUUUCUCCGAAUGGCCUUCAAAUCGCAUCGGGUGGGAAGGACAGCAGGGUGCGACUGUGGGAUGUCGACUCUGUCUUGACGUCGAGUGUUCAACAACAGUAUCAAAUCAAGGGUGUAUGGAAGACGGUGUACUCCCCGAAUGGUCAAACUAUCCUCACAAUCGGCGGAGGCCGAACCGUCACGCAAUGGAACUCUCUGACGGGAGCAUCCAGACCACUUUCGAUCGAGUUACAGGAAUCCCGAUCAUUUGGCCAGUCACACUCAUCACAUGCCAACCUAACCGCGACCGUCAAUCAAGACGGAACUCUCCGAUUGCGGGGCCUUCGGGAUGGAAGUACAGAGGCUAUUCUGGAAGGCUACAGCGCAGCGAAUUACGUUACCUUGUCGCCUUGCGGUCAUUGGACCGCGUCUGUUGACCGGGACAGUACCGUGAUGCUGUGGGAAAAUGACAACACUAAUGGAUGGCAGGUACUUAUGGAGAAUGGCGGACGCACUCGCGAGGAAAUCCGUUGCUCGGCAUUCAGGGGGUCCGAAUAUCAGCUCGCAGUCGGCGCUUGGAAUGGUGACACCUGGCUCUUCGAUCCACAAUCGAAAGGUCAAAUAACGUCCAAGUCGACACAUUGGAUUAUUGAGGUGAUUUCGUUUUCGCCAGACAGCCAGCAGCUUGCAGUCGGAAGCAUUGAUGGUUCGAUCUACCUUUGGGGCUUACAGUCAGAUGAGCGUGCCAUCAAGCUGAAAGGACACACAAGGACGGUGAAACGCAUUGCCUACUCGCCUUGCGGCGAAUGGAUUGCUUCCGGCAGUGAGGACAACACAGUUCGAGUCUGGCGCAGGCGACGAUCACCAGGCGAUACGGAGACCUGGUCGUGUGUCUCGACAGUCCGUGGUUAUUUUGGCGCAGUCAGAGACAUUGCCUGGCGUCCGACCGCUCCUAUGGAAUUUGUCACUAGCUGCAGCGACGAAUCUGUCCGGGUCUGGCGAGUGUCGAGUGAUGGUGAAGAUGUUGUCGUCAAGCUACUCUGGGGGACCAAUCUUGUGAUUCUCAACGCCGAGGGUCUUGUGCUCAAGUGUACGACUGGUCUUAGUCCGAUGCAAAAGAAGUUGUUGGUCCAGCGCGGAGCCAUUGACGACUCUCCGACAGAAGGAGACGAACAAGACGAUUAUACGAGCUCUGAAGGAGAUGAAUUUGAUGAUGAGGACCCGUCGGAAGUAGACUUUUCACGUCUAAGUUAUCAUAUGGAGUUUGUUAGAUCUCUGUAG